AUGACCCGAUUUAAGGCCGACUUUUCAUUAAUAUCCACUUCCGCGACCCCCAUUACCGUCAUCGUCAUCAUCUUCCUCCUCCUCAGCGUCAUCUUCAUCUCCAUCGUCGUCGCCAUCAUAGUUAUUGUUCUCGUCGUAAUUGUUAUCUUGAUUGUGGUCGUCGUUGUCACUAUCAUCGGCGUCGUCGUCAUCAUCGCUCUCCUCAUUAUCUUCCUCCUCCUCCUUAACACCACCACCAUCAGUACAGUUGUCUCCGGCAGAGAAUGGAGACAAGAAGCCCGCAAACGGGGAGUUCCGGUCCCUCCCCCAGUGGGUCCCCUCGAUCCCGAUGCUGCGGCUCCUAUCGCCCGCGGAGCCGACUCCCCUGCGCCUGCAGAGCAGGGUGCCUUUGCCCCUAAUUAUCGCAUGAGGCAGGAUGUAGAAGCACAUGAGCGCGCCGACAUAGCCGUCGAAAUCGACCUUGAACCCUUCGGGUUUCCAGGCCUGCAGGCCUGUUUCGUGAACCUCGGAAUUCCCUACCUCCCAUGCGAUGACAAGGGCUGGCAAGAACGAUUAGAGCGAAUCAUCUUCCACCCGAUAGGGAGGGUUAAGUCGGUCCGGGAGGUGGGCUACUGGCUUUUCCGCCAGGUAUACAGCAUCAAGACCGUCGAAUUAGUGACAAUACCUUUGGCGCCCAAUGGGCCUUACCAUCGACACCAGUUCGAUGGUAAUAAGUACCCCCGCUUCGGUAUUGCUCAACACUGCUACCAUACCAGCGAGCGAAUGGAGUUCCGCGUCAAGAUGAUGCUAAGACAACGAGUUGUCUUACUCCUGGUGAUCAUUUACUUGAUCUACCAGGGGGGUGUUGAAAUAUACACCGCACGGAAGUCGGUCAAGGAGGUGGCCGAGGUGGCCCUCCAAGUGAUUUUGGGGGCUAUGGCUGGGCUGGGUGCGCUUUACAGCGUUCUGCAGGUCGCUAUGGUUUAA